AUGGGUUGCUUUGGUCGCAUCAGCGACCAGGAAAAGAACGUCCGUGAGGAACAGAAGUGGGAUUACAUCACCCUCAGCGACUUCACCUCGUCGUCAUGGAAAUCCAAACUCUCCUACCUCUGGCUGUGGACCCUUAGCGGCAUCGCCGUCGCCGUCUACGCCGCCGACACCUUCACCGCCGUCAAUCUGCUCGUCUUCAACAAGUGGUCCAGCAAGGUCGACCCGGCCAUCGACUUCAACGUUUCCAAAUGGAUCUCCGUCGCCUGUAUCAUCGCCUCCUGGGUUCUCGCUGCCUUUGCUUGGCUGCGUGCCUUCCGUGUCAUGCGCGGCGGCGGCGUCGCUGACAGUUACCUCGACCCUCUGGCCGCCACUCUCCAAAGUUCUCGCAUAUAUUCCGGCGGACAUGGCUGGAGGCGUUUCCUCGUCUUCGCUGAACUGACAAAGUCCAAGAAGGGUGUCGAUUAUAUUGCGCUUUUCGUGUACUUCUCCUUCAAGGGUGCCUUCCGCAUUAUCCUGGCCGAAGGGCCGCGCCAAGUCGUCAACGCCGUCACGCUUUGGGCCGCCAUGAAAGCCGAUUUGCUGCCGACGGGGGAGCAUGCUGCAACCGAUGGACAUUCCUCGCUUGAACAGUUCUGGUUCAACAUCCAGCUGCUUGCCAACGAACAACAGGAACAGGCUGUCAUCCUUUCGACUAUGCUGUUCACCCUGGUCAUCUGGGUCUUUGCUGUCUUGGGCUUGAUCCUGGCCGGCGUGCUCUACGUCCUCUUCCUCUGGCACUACAUUCCUUCGGUCGAUGGCACCCUGGCAAACUACUGCAGACGCAAGGUCGAUAAAAGGCUGGAACGUGUUGUUGGCAAGAAGGUCCAGCAGGCUUUGGAAAAACAGGAAAAGAAGAUCAGGAAGGAGGAAGAGGAUGCGGCUCGGGCGGCGGCGGCCAAGUUGCAGAUGCAGAAUGGUGGACUACCCGUGAAAGAGAAGAAGGUUCUGCAGAGCAAGCACUCUCGCCCUGAAUUGGUCCCACGGAAACCUACUCUGCCUCAACUGGGAGGCCUGGACAGGACCAACACGCAGACAUCCGUCUCGACGCUGCCCCCGUACUCGUCUCAACCGCCGUCCCGGCCUAGUACGUCCAACACCAACCGCACCGCACCCUCGAGAGCUCCAACGCUUCCCCACAUUGGCGAGGAUAACUUCCGUCCCGAUGGACCUGUUAGGACCAACACCGCGUCGUCUGGCUGGUCUGCUCAGAGUUACGGCUCGAACGCACCGCUCCUUAGCAGUGCCGGUGAUAUGGGAGAGUCUACGCCACCUCCGCUUCCUCCCCUGCCGACGACCAUGCCGAUGACUCGCGAGCGUUCUUUGACGGGCGGCUCUCAGCAGCGCUCCUACACGCCCCAAGGUCCUCUCCCCCCGGCUCGUAGCACUCCAGGUCCCAUGGGCCCUCCGCCCCAAGCUCGCGGAACACCAGGUCCCAUGGGUCCUCCAUACCAGGCUCGCGGAACCCCAGGCCCUAUGGGCGGCAAUGGCUACUACCCACCACCGAGAUCCAACACGGCAUUCAGCGCUGGACAGCCGCAACGCACCUACACUCCUAUGGACAUGGCCCCCAUGCAAGGUCGCAGCUCGCCUGCGGUUGGUUUCAACGGCUAUGGUCCGAACGGCUUCGGGCCGAACGCGUACGGGCCUCCGCCACAAGCACGGGGUUCGCCCGGGCCAGGGAUGAUGCGUCAAAACACUGGCUAUAGCAUGAACGACGGCUAUGGCAUGCCCCCUCCUGGACCCAUGCGCACAAACACUGGCAUGGGCCCCAUGGGCCGUGGCACGCCUGGUCCUUCCCCACUCGGAAACAUCGACUUUGGACCUUCUCCACUUGUAAACAUCGACUUUGAUCCCUACGGCCGUCAAUCUCCGGCGAUGCAUACGACCGACGCGUAUGAGUUGAAACAUCAGCACCAGGCCAUGGCUCAGAAUGCUCGCCGUGAUUACGACAACUACAACGGUGGAUACGCUCCGGCGCUUGACGACUACGAUCCGUUCCGCGCCGGUACCCCUGCACAGGGACCCGCCCCUGGUGCAAACAUGUAUCGGCCGCGCUCGCCUAGCAGCGCUUCGACACAGCAACCCAACUAUGUGGCGUUCAACCCUCAGCAAAGCAACCCGACGCCCGUAUCGCACGGCCGUAAUGGCAGCGUGUCGCCUGUCCCUGAGGACGGCCCGCACGUCAGCCAUGCUCGGCAGGGCAGCUCUGGCCAGCAGAGCUCGCACAGCCGUCAGAGCAGCGCCGGCCAGCAGAGCAGCCACAGUCGGCAGGGCAGCUACGGUCAACAGAGCAACCACAGUCGGCAGGGCAGCUACAGUCAACAGAGCAACCACAGUCGGCAGGGCAGCUACGGGCAACAGAGCACUCACAGCCGGCAGAACAGUCACGAACGACAGCUCAGCCAGGGCCGAGGAUCUCGCAACUUCUCGGUUCCUCUGAGGUCGUCGCAGGGACCGAUGGGUCCUCUGCAGAGAAGGGCGACGGAGCCCAUGCAGCCGCAGGAGACGCACGUCGAGGUCGACGAGCAUCGGCCGUCGACUUCUGGUGGCCGGAGUCGUGAUCCCUCGCCGGUGGAAACCUGGCGUCGGGUUAUCUAA